AACCAGCAGCAGCAGCAGCCCGUCUUAUAAAGCCAACCUGGUAUAGACUAUGCCGCGUAGCCCGGAUCAUCCAGAACCUACUUUAAUUUUCCCCAACAUUUUCAUUAUGCACGCCCUUUCUUUUUCUUGGUUUUGCAUAAUCUUUUUUUUCGGCCAGAUUAGGCCGUGCGGCUUUGCCACGAUCGCUUAUUGGUCCAGUGGACGUGCAGUUGUGGCGCUUAGAUCUUUCUAUUGGUUGGUUCCAUGUCUUCUUUUUUUUUAUUUUUAUUUUUUUUUGUUUCCCGGACCGAGGGAGGGUGGAUGUGGAUGUGGACCGAGGCUGAGGCUGAGUAGGGUAGUAGAUUGAUAGUGGUUAGAUCUGCAUAUGAAUGGGCUAAUUAGAUAGUUCUGCACUGGCUACUAUGUAUGUGCAUGUGGAUCGUGGCUAAGGUACGGAGUAGUUUGACGUCUGAUACUCCGUAAGUAGGCAAGGAGGGGUUAAUGGUUCUCUACUUUGGCGGGGUUUUCUCGGAUUACAUAGUAGCAAUUAAGGUAGUG